UUGAAGUAUUAACCAUGGAUCCAGACCUGUGGAUCAUGGGGAACAUAACGCGCGUUACCCUGCGCACGAGCCCUUCCCGUGAUGCUUUGCUGAUGGAGUUGAACGAAGAACAGGCAUUGCUGUACCUGCCCGUCAUUGUGUACAUGGCACUGUUAAUGGUGGUGGGGACGACAGGCAACCUGCUGGUGUGCUACGUAUUUUACAACAAACCUUACCGAAGCACAUCACGAAUUUUCAUCCUGACGCUGGCGGUGCUAGACCUUACCUGCUGUGUCGUUGGAAUGGUUGUGGAAAUCGUCGACUUGCGCUUUCCUUACACCUUCGACGAUAUCGUCGCAUGUCGCCUUCUUCGAUUCACCACCUUUGCUACUUCCAUCGCGUCCGGAACCGUGCUGGUCUGCGUCGCCUUCGAUCGCUUCUUCAAGGUGUGUCGCCCCAUCAGGAGACAGCUGAGCGGUAGAGUCAUACGCCGUAUGUGCAUUGGAGCGACUUGCCUUGGAGCCUUUUGCUCUUGGCCGGCCGUCUUGCUUUUCGGAAUCCGGGCAGUCCAGACGAAACAUUUAGAUGUUGUUGGCACGGAUUGCUCUACCAGUGACAAUGUCUCGAACACGUUCUACCCGAUUAUCUAUUACGGUUUCCUGCUCUCUCUGUUUGUCGUCGGUCUUGUCAUCCUCAUUGUACUCUACACUCUCAUUGGCACCCGGCUUUACCACCUCAAGAAGCGGAAGCCCACCCAGGGGGCACUGACGCCGGCCAUCAGCUCCCUGUCCGUCACCAGCGGAGCGGUGACUGUAAAGACUGUGGCCGUCCGAAAGCCGACGCUCACCAGACGGUUCUCUAAGGCUUUGCGCCACACCACCAAGACAACGUGGAUGUUGUUCGUCAUCACCUUAGUUUUCGUGCUCAGUUUCCUGCCUUAUCUGAUCGUUAUGGUUCUCAGGCAUACAAUUCCAGACUUUGAGUUCACGCGAUCCCCUUCUGAACAGCUGAUAGUUAACUUCUGUCUACGCUCAUACUUCAUUAACAGUUCAGUCAACCCCAUCAUAUACGCUCUGAUGAACAGACAGUUCCGACUGAGAAGCCGGAAUGUCUUGCUCAGCUGCACUCUAGGAUGCAAUAAAUAUAGAUAG